GGUGAAAAUCAAAAACGAAAGAAAAGAAAACUCCGUUCUCCUGACCUGCAACUGGUACAAAAUGAACACGAGUUAGAGAAGAACAUCUGGAGAUUAAAAAAAACAAAAAUUUAUUUUCGCUCAUUAAUUUCUUCAUUUGGUUUCAUUUCACCUGAUUCUGUUUUUAUUAAUUCUUCAAAAAAUUUGACAAUUCCUCACUAUUUUAUUGUGAAUGCGCGACCUCAAAAUGUAUUGGUAGAUCCAAGGCGAGACAGUGGAGUUAACGAUCCGGCAUAUUGAAGAGUUUCCGACGAGCGUGAGCCCUCCCGUCGGAUCUAGCUCGACGUGUUGGUCCGACGCUGACUAGGUUUCUCUAGGGCGGCGCGUGAGUGUAUAUUAGUUUAAUGGCAUCCGGCUUAGGGAAGUUGGAAAAUGAUGGAUUGUUUAGCUGUCUAAGAAUUUGUGCAUCGAGAGGAUCUUUUAUAGGGUAAAUUGUGGGGCCGAAAUGGUUGUGCAUUCAAAAUAUUUAAUAUGGAAGAGACGCGAGAUGACGAACAAGGGGCUUCGAAUUCUAAUGCUGCAUGGUGGGGCUCUGAUUUUAUUGACAAAUUUGAAUCUGUUUCUUUGCUUUCACCAGCAGAUGGUUUGAGUAAUAAGGAAUCGCCUAGGAAUUAUGAGGAUGAUGGAUUGUCUUCACAGAGUGCAUCGCAGAUUCUUUGGAGCACUGGGAUGCUUUCGGAACCGAUUCCGAAUGGUUUCUACUCUGUCAUACAGGAUAAAAAGCUAAAGGAGCUUUUUGAUAGUAUUCCAACUUUAGAUGAGCUCCUUGCUUUGGGUGCUGAGGGUUUCAAGGCUGAUGUAAUUUUUGUAGAUGCAAAGAAAGAUAAAAAAUUAUCUAUGCUAAAGCAACUGAUCAUGGCGCUGGUGAAAGGAUUGAACUCAAAUCCAGCUGCAAUGAUAAAAAAGAUUGCUGGAUUGGUUUCUGAUUUUUAUAAAAGAUCAAAUGUAGAAAGUCCAGCAAAAGCUACUCUGGAGGAAACCUCCUACCAAGUGUUUGAAAGUCGAGGUGUUCAGUUACUUGGGCAAAUAAAGCAUGGGUCUUGUCGUCCUCGAGCAAUCCUGUUUAAAGUUUUAGCGGAUACUGUAGGCCUUGAAAGUAGGCUAAUGGUGGGUUUUCCAAGUGACGGGAAUGUUGAAUAUGUGGACUCAUGCAAGCACAUGUCUGUCAUAGUUGUGCUGAAUUCUGUGGAAUUACUGGUUGAUCUUAUGCGGUUUCCUGGUCAGUUAAUACCCCUGUCAACCAGGGCAAUUUUUAUGACACACAUUUCAGCAGCAGGGGAAAGUGAUUCUGCGGAAAAUGAUUCUUGUGAUUCACCACUUGAACCUAACAGCCCUCUGUAUGGUUUUCCAGAAAGGGUGGACCCUGAUAGUGCUGAAAAAGAUGAAAGCCUGCAGUUCCAUCAGAAGCCAGAGACAGCUCCAAAUGUGUCAGGUCCUUCAUUGCGAAAUAUCAUGUUGCGGUCUGCUACCUACAUUGACAGAAAGAUGAGCUUAUCACACAGUGAGCCCAAUAUAGCAACAACCUUUUGGCGACGUAGCCGGAAAAAAGUCAUUGCUGAACAGCGUACUGCUAGUUCGAGGGAUCCUACCAAAACUCAUUUUACUAAUUGGUCCUGUCCAGAACAUCCUUCAUAUCGUGCACGUGGAAGGUCGAUGUUAAGUGGUCAUAGGCACUCAAUUAGAGAUUAUGCCGGUGAUGAAGCUGCAUCGAGUCACAGGUCUGAGGGUGCAUCAACAUCAGAAAGUCGUAGAUUAAGAAGAAGAAGCAUUAGCAUGACUCCAGAGAUUGGGGAUGAUAUCGUAAGGGCUGUGCGCGCCAUGAAUGAAUCACUGAAGCAAAAUCGAAUUUUGAGGGAGCAAGGAGAUGAUAGGUCAUUUGCAAACUCUUUAGAUGACAAGGAUAAUGACACAAGUUUUUCGGGAAAUGUUUCAAAUUUUGAUCUUCAUGAUGAAAUUUCUGGUGGAAGAUCUGCUUUAUAUGCUCUUCAAAGGGACCAUUUAAACUCCCAAAAGGCUAUUUCUUUGCCUUCAUCUCCACAUCAGUAUAGGAGUCAAAUGUUAGAGCAGAGGGAACCUUCAGGUUAUGCAGUAAAUGAUGAUUUGGUUUCUACUUGGAACAAAGUUUUGGAAUCUCCCAUGUUUCAAAGAAAACCUCUCUUGCCUUUCCAAGAAUGGAAUAUUGAUUUCUCAGAGCUAACUGUUGGUACUCGUGUUGGGAUUGGGUUUUUUGGGGAAGUUUUCCGUGGCGUAUGGAAUGGAACAGAUGUUGCGAUUAAGGUUUUCCUUGAGCAAGAUCUUACUGCCGAAAACAUGGAGGACUUUUGCAAUGAGAUAUCCAUUCUUAGCCAGCUUCGGCAUCCUAAUGUUAUCUUGUUUAUGGGUGCUUGCACAAAGCCUCCUCAUUUAUCAAUGGUUACUGAAUAUAUGGAAAUGGGGUCCUUGUUUUAUUUGAUCCAUUUGAGUGGUCAAAAGAAGAGGCUCAGUUGGCGGCGGAGGUUAAAAAUGCUGCGUGAUAUAUGCAGGGGAUUGAUGUGCAUCCAUAGAAUGAAGAUAGUUCACCGUGACCUUAAAAGUGCAAACUGUCUUGUCAAUAAGCAUUGGACAGUUAAGAUCUGUGAUUUUGGGCUCUCUAGAGUAAUGAUAGAAAGACCUAUGAGAGACUCCGCUUCUGCAGGAACUCCUGAAUGGAUGGCACCUGAACUUAUACGUAACGAGCCCUUCACUGAAAAAUGUGAUAUUUUCAGCCUUGGCGUGAUAAUGUGGGAGCUCUGUACACUAAAUAGACCAUGGGAAGGAGUUCCACCUGAAAGGGUAGUUUAUGCUGUUGCUAAUGAAGGAUCACGUUUGGAUAUUCCUGAAGGUCCACUGGGCAGACUAAUUUCAGAUUGCUGGGGAGAAUGGCAAGAAAGGCCAAGCUGUGAAGAGAUACUCGCCCGAUUGCUCGACUGCGAGUAUACACUUUGCUGAUACUCUUUUUUGUUUCUCGUGUAUAGAAAACAUGGUAGAGGAGUUUCAAUCUGUUUCGGCUAAAUCUGUCAACUACUUUUUAUUUUCCCCUGCACUCAACACUUCAAAUGUUUCUAUCUGCAGCUUUUAAUGGAUCUAUUGGAUAUUUUCUUUUUGCAAUAAAUAAAGGAAAGAAAAAUUUGCCUUUUUCAAUACAAA